AGGGUUGAAGCUUUUGGAACAGAUGUUGGAAGAUGUUAGCUGUGGAUACAGGGGUUGUGGAGGAGUGGUUAUCAGAAUUCAAGACACUGCCAGAAGCAUCCAUAUCCAGCUAUGCUGCAAACUUGAAAGACAAGAGCGCUUUGAUUUCAUCUCUUUACAAAGUGAUUCAGAAUCCACAGAGUGAACUUCUGGAGCCAGUUUGCCAUCAGCUCUUUGAGUUCUAUCGCAGUGGUGAGGAACAAUUGUUACGAUUUACACUGCAGUUUCUCCCGGAAUUGAUGUGGUGCUAUCUUGCUGUCUCAGCCAGCAGAGAUUUGCACAGCAGUGGAUGCAUAGAGGCUCUUCUCCUAGGAAUUUAUAACUUGGAGAUAGUUGACAAAGAGGGACAUAGCAAAGUGCUGAGUUUCACAAUUCCAUCUUUGUCCAAACCUUCAGUCUAUCAUGAACCUUCCAGUAUUGGUUCAAUGGCUCUCACUGAAGGAGCUUUAUCACAGCAUGGUUUGUCCAGGGUUGUAUACAGUGGACCUCAUCCUCAGAGGGAGAUGUUAACAGCACAGAACAGGUUUGAAGUGCUGACUUUCCUUCUACUCUGUUACAAUGCUGCCUUAAGCUACAUGCCUGCAGUUUCUCUUCAGUCAUUGUGUCAGAUUUGUUCAAGAAUUUGUGUCUGUGGAUAUCCUCGCCAAAAAGUGAGAAAGUACAAUGGAGUCAACAGUAGGAUUCCAGUUUCAUCUGAAUUCAUGGUGCAAAUGCUAACAGGGAUUUAUUAUGCCUUUUAUAAUGGAGAAUGGGAUCUGGCUCGUAAAGCUAUGGAUGACAUUUUAUAUAGAGCACAGCUGGAACUGUAUCCAGAACCUCUGCUGGUUGCUAAUGCAAUAAAAGCUUCACUGCCUCAGGGCACCAUGAAAUCUAGUAAAGAAGGUACAAGAUGCAUUCAGGUUGAAAUUACACCUACUUCAUCCAGGAUAUCAAGAAAUGCUGUGACUAGCAUGUCUAUCCGAGGGCACAGGUGGAAAAGGCAUGGUAACACGGAUGUAGCAAAUGAAGAAGAUCUGAUAGAAGUAUCUGAAACUGAUGAAGGGUUUUACUCUAGGGCUACUUCUAGUACAAGUCAGUCUGCCCUAUCUACCAGCAGUAACACGAGCAAUAAGAACGUUUUAGGGAAGAGCCAGCGAAGGUCUGGAGGAAGCAAAGCUGGAGGAAAAGAAAAAGAAGGAGAAACCUGCAGAGAACACUUGUCACGAAAACAAACUCAGAGAGCCAUGAGUGAGAAUCUAGAGCUUGUCUCUUUGAAGAGAUUGACACUGACGACUAGUCAGUCCCUGCCUAAACCUGGCAGCCAUAGUCUGGCCAGAACGACCACUACUGUGUUUAGUAAAUCCUUUGAACAGGUCAGUGGUGUCACAGUUGCAAAUAAUCGUGGUGGUGUAUCUGGUACAGAAGCAAACAGGUUUUCAGCUUGCAGUCUUCAGGAGGAAAAACUGAUGUAUGGAACAGAAAGAACAGAUCUUCCAGUUUUAAGCAAACAACCUAAUCAGCAGCAACCUCCUAGUAUUAGCAUAACUUUGUCAACAGAUUGAUAUAAUAAAAUUGACAAGUAUGAAAAACACAAUAUUGAGGGUUUAUCCUCAUACCGGUACAUGAGUACAUUAAGCU